GUUCCCAUUUUGCGUCGUCGGGGCUCGGCGGCGGCCGGGCUCGGGGUAGACGUGCCACCAUGGGGUCGUCCAAGAAGCACCGCGGGGAGAAAGAGGCCACCGGGACGACGGCGGCGGCCAGCACCGGGAGCGCCGCCGAGCCGCCGCCGCGGCACCGGGAGCACAAAAAGCACAAGCACCGGAGCGGCGGCGGCGGCGGCGGCAGCAGCAGCGGCGGCGGCGGCGGCGGCGAGCGGCGGAAGCGCAGUCGGGAGCGCGGGGCCGAGCGCGGCGGCGGGCGGCGCGGGGCCGACGUGGACACCCGCGGCAGCGCGCACGGCCGGGAGCGCGGCCAGCCCGAGCCCUCGGAGCGCCGCGUGAAGCGGGAGAAGCGCGAUGACGGCUACGAGGCUGCCGCCAGCUCCAAGACCAGCUCCGGGGAUGCCUCGUCCCUCAGCAUCGAGGAGACCAAUAAACUCCGGGCCAAGCUGGGGCUGAAACCCCUGGAGGUCAAUGCCGUGAAGAAGGAGGCGGGCACCAAGGAUGAGCCCGUGGCGGCCGAGCUCAUCAACCCGAUGGCCUUGCGGCAGCGCGAGGAGCUGCGGGAGAAGCUGGCGGCGGCCAAGGAGAAGCGCCUGCUGAACCAGAAGCUGGGGAAGAUAAAGACUCUGGGCGAGGAUGACCCCUGGCUGGACGACACGGCCGCCUGGAUCGAGCGGAGCCGGCAGCUGCAGAAGGAGAAGGACUUGGCCGAGAAGCGGGCCAAGCUGCUGGAGGAGAUGGACCAAGAGUUCGGCGUCAGCACCCUGGUGGAGGAGGAGUUCGAGCAGCGGCGGCAGGACCUGUACAGUGCCCGGGACCUGCAGGGGCUCACGGUGGAGCACGCCAUCGACUCCUUCCGAGAAGGGGAGACGCUUAUCCUCACGCUCAAGGACAAAGGCGUGCUGCAGGAGGAGGAGGACGUGCUGGUGAACGUGAACCUGGUGGACAAGGAGCGCGCCGAGAAGAACGUAGAGCUGCGGAAGAAGAAGCCCGACUACCUGCCCUACGCCGAGGACGAGAGCGUGGACGACCUGGCGCAGCAGAAGCCGCGCUCCAUCCUGGCCAAGUACGACGAGGAGCUGGAGGGCGAGCGGCCGCAGUCCUUCCGGCUGGAGCAGGGCGGCCUGGCCGACGGGGGCCGGGAGCGGGAGCUGGAGGAGAUCCGGGCCAGGCUGCGGCUGCAGGCCCAGUCCCUGUGCACCGUGGGGCCACGGAUCGCCUCCGAGUACCUCACGCCCGAGGAGAUGGUGACCUUCAAAAAGACGAAGCGGAGGGUGAAGAAGAUCCGCAAGAAGGAGAAGGAGGUGAUUAUGCGCGCCGACGACUUGCUGCCUCUCGGGGACCAGUCGCAGGACGGGGACUUCGGCUCCAGGGCGCGGGGCCGGGGCCGGCGCCGAGUGCCUGAGGCGGGCGAGGACCUCCAGGAGGAGGAGGAGAAGGAGCCCGUGGUGCCGCUGCCCCAGUCGGACGACACGCGGGUGGAGAACAUGGACAUCAGCGACGAGGAGGACGCGGCUGUGCCGGUCCCUGCAUCCCCCGAGGCCCUGGAGGAGGAUGAGGCAGAGCUGGAGCUGCAGAAGCAGCUGGAGAAGGGGCGGCGGCUGCGCCAGCUGCAGCAGCUGCGGGACAGCGGGGAGAAGGUGGUGGAGAUCGUGAGGCAGCUGGAGGCGCGGCAGCGCUGGGAGGACGAGGACGACCCCGAGCGCAAGGGCACCAUCGUGUUCAACGCCACGUCCGAGUUCUGCCGCACGCUGGGCGAGAUCCCCACCUACGGGCUGGCCGGCAACCGCGAGGAGCAGGAGGAGCUCAUGGACUUCGAGCGGGAUGAGGAGCGCUCGGCCAACGCGGGGUCCGAGUCGGACGGGGAGGAGAACCUGGGCUGGAGCACCGUGAACCUGGACGAGGAGAAGCAGCAGCAGGAUUUCUCCGCCUCCUCCACCACCAUUUUGGACGAGGAGCCCAUAGUGAACCGCGGGCUGGCGGCCGCCCUGCUCCUGUGUCAGAACAAAGGGCUGCUGGAGACGACGGUGCAGAAGGUGGCCCGGGUGAAGGCCCCCAACAAGUCCCUGCCGUCCGCGGUGUACUGCAUCGAGGACAAGAUGGCCAUCGACGACAAGUACAGCCGGCGGGAGGAGUACCGCGGCUUCACGCAGGACUUCAAGGAGAAGGAUGGCUACAAGCCCGACGUGAAGAUCGAGUACGUGGACGAGACAGGCCGGAAGCUCACCCCCAAGGAGGCCUUCCGGCAGCUGUCCCACCGCUUCCAUGGGAAGGGCUCCGGCAAGAUGAAGACGGAGCGACGGAUGAAGAAGCUGGACGAGGAGGCGCUCCUGAAGAAGAUGAGCUCCAGCGACACGCCCCUGGGCACGGUGGCCCUGCUGCAGGAGAAGCAGAAGGCCCAGAAGACGCCGUACAUCGUGCUCAGCGGCAGCGGCAAGAGCAUGAACGCGAACACCAUCACCAAGUGACGCCGCACCCUCGCCUGCACCCCCCAUAUGAAAUAAAGCCUCUUCGUAUUUUU